AUGGCUGGCAUUAUCAAAAGUUCACUAGGUCUAUUAUUCAACAAAGCUCGCGAUGCUGCUGCUAGCAAACUAUUUGAAGGUGAUCUCACGGAUGAGAACUUCAGAGGAGUGAUUGCCAGGGAAAUUAACGAGAUCAACAAGAAGCUCGGUGCUUUGGCGAGGAAAGACCUUCUCAGCAGUCUUCAGUUUCUGAAAGAAGGCUUGAAUCGACUGGCUAUGGCGAUGCAGAAGAAGUCAAUGAACUCCGAUACACCAACGACAUCGCAGAAUGUUCAGGCAAUUACAAGUCCAGCAGUAGCGGAAUUGAUGUCGGUAGAUGGUGCGUCCACGUCUCAGCAACGUUUGAAUAAGGCUUUUACGAUAUCACAUGCAGUCGCGAGAAAACUUGAAGUGGUAUCACUGGAACGCUUGGGAAAUGCCAAAAAAUCCUUCGAAUGCUGUCGAAUAGACGCGACGCGAGCAUUCGCUAAUGAAGCUUUGAGUAUCGACGACCGAAUAAUGGCUACCAAACUUCGUAUUGUCAGUCGCAUUCUUGAAAGUUUUCUCGACGACCCGGAAGCCGGCGGUGGUGACUGUUUACUGUAUCUUGAGGAAUUGCACAGUCUGCCAGCCGUUCGUGAAAUGUAUUCCGUUCAUCUCGCACUCGGUAGAGGAUUCAAAUACUAUUUGAAAUCCUUUUUUAAUCAAAAGGAAAGAAAACGAAAGGUCGAAACCGUACGAUCAAUCAAUACUGCCGUGUUUGAUUUCAUAGCAGGUUUUACGACCAAGACAUUCUGUCAUGGCGUGAACUGGCCAACCAUAGAACUACGCAAUGAAAUAUAUCAUAAUAUAUAUUCAAAAGAGAGGAUUGCAAUGAGACAAGCAGAACUGAACGAGUACUGUAGAAUGGAAGCAAGGUGGCCCGAUAUCGAAAUUGUUAGCGAAUCCCGCGCACAAACGUGGUGUUGGCUCGAUUAUGGUCCUAACCGUGGAACAGUAUUCAUACAUAGACCUUUUGUUCCCACCGAAGGCGACGACGAAGCGAACCUGGUGGAGUUCUGGAACAUCAUUCACACCGGUUCAGAGGUUAUAGAUGCACUAUGUUUAGCUACAGACGAAUCAUUUUGGGUUUAUGUCCUCGCGGUUUAUGAAUCACCGAAUUCGGCUCUGGUCUUCUCAAUACUUGUAUUUGUCUCGGAUGGGAAGCUUUUUAAGCGUAUUAGAACAGACCUAGAUUGUGAUUCAAAUUCCUCUGAUAUUGGUGUUUUUGCUAUACAUACGUUCCAAUGUAAGAUCGCCGUUCUGCGUGAGCAAUUCGACUGUCUACGAGUCAACUUUAUCGACUUUUCCACGGGUCAAACAUACCACACGAUUUCCCUGCCACCACAGCUUCAAGAUGUCGACUGUUCUUUCAAGCCCUACCUUAGUAUUCUUAACGAAAGUGACAUAAUGGUCACAAGAAGCAAUGACCAAAAUGUUUAUAUUUACACAAACGAAGGACAGCUGAAGCAAACAAUACCUCUUGAGGUGGAAUUCCGUGUUCUGGGUGUGGCCUUUAAUGCUGUUAGCGAAGAAGUUCUCGUUCUCACAAGUGCAUUCUUCGAAACCAGUUCUCCUGAGGAGCAGCUGCUAGGCUAUCGUUUGUUGGUUUAUUCAACAACUGGUGCACUACAAGAUUCCUAUGGCCUGUCUAAAUCUUUGUUGGGAGAUUAUCCUCUCUUUGUAAACUAUCCCGAAGGAAGAGUGGCUCUUGUUAGAAAAAAUCGUUUUCAAAUACGUUUGUAAGAAGACGGGAUUGUGGCUUGAUAAAGCACAGCACGAGAUAGGGUGAGGGUUUCUUGUAUUUACAGCUUGUACUAUAUGCUCUAAUUUUCUCUGCCCAAGUGUCCACCCAAAUCUAAUUAUAUGUUAAGAGGAAAUUUUUUUGUAUGUCACGUAACACGCGCUCAAAACUAAUACACUUGAGGUUAUGACUAAAUUCAAAAUUUUUAUUUUUCGAUACGUUUCUCAAUCGGCAAACAAACCUAAAAAGUAUGUUUAGUGUUUUAUCUGUAAAAUAAUGCUAAAAUGAAAAGAUUUUAGAUGAUACACCAAAGAGAAAAUGAUGUCUGAAGUUCAGUAAGUUUUGUUUAUAUGCCAUAUGGCUGUAAAUAUGGCGUCAAUUUUAAAGCAUCUUUGAUCAUUGUAUUUUCAUUGACAAUUUUUAACUAUUAUUUUAUGUUUCUCCACCUGAAAAUGCGUUUAAAAAGAUAGCUAACUGUAUAAACUAGAGAAUGAAGCUAUAACAAAGUAAUUUUGAGAGGAACGCCAAAAAGAUUUUAGGUUUUGAAUAGUUUUCAUUGCAAAUACGUGACACUGAAAAAAAUUGCCUCUUAAUAACUACACGCGUAAAAAUCAUCAUGUUGAUGCAAGUUGUUC